AUGAUUCUUUUUGGAGAUCGAGGAGUGGAACCUGUCCCUACCAAAACCGAUCUAAUUGAAAGGGAAGGAUCCUUUGUAGAUGAAUUUGGAAAUAUUCCAAUCACACUGUGGAACGAGCAAAUCGAAAGUACAGAGGGAGGUUUUUAUGAAAUUCACAACAUUCGUCUUCGACAGUUUAAAGGCGUAAAAUACUUAUCCUCAGCGAGAGAUACCGUCUUCAACAAAUUAACUGAAAAUCUGCCGGAAAUCUCUGAAAAACAAAUCAAACGCGCAAAAGACGAACUCAAAACAAACGAGAUAACCUGUGACAACAUCCAAAGCGUAGACAUAAUGGUGUUUUACAACUGCGCAACUUGA